AUGCCCCCUCGAGACUGGCUGUGCAGCCCCGAUAGAUGGUGGGGGGCCCAGCUGGCGCGUUAUCAGCCUCCUCCAGGAGCCAGCCUGAGCCACCCAGCGGCUGCCAGUCUGCGAUUAGGCCCCCGGAGGGUCAUUAAGCACCGCCCUGGCCCGGACCCAGCCUCCUUUCCCUCCUUCCUCUGGCCAGACUGGCAGGUGGGAACUGGCGAUAAGGACUGGGGGCUCCGGCAGUUCUGGGGCCGGCAGCUCCACGCCCCCUGCCCCCUGUCAGGGCAGGAACAUGAGGUUGGGAGGAAGGUCAGUGCCAGCCCAGCCCCACAAGGACCCCAGGAUGGAGUUCCCACUAUCCUUGUCCAGCUGGUGGGGAAGGGGCUAAGGAGGCUCCUGGAAAGGCCCGGGGGUGUUUGGGGGGGGGGGUAUCUGACCCCUCUACUCACCCACCGGGCCACCCCAGCCCAGCCCACCACGCCCCACACCUUCAGCACCAGGACAGGACAGAAGCUGCCACAGCCCCUGCUGGUAAAGGGUGAGGGGCUAGAGGGGAAACAGACCUGGCAGGCCAAUGAGGAGUCAGACUGGGAACCGCCUCCCCCUACCCCCGACACCCCUAGACAAGGGGGGGGGGCUGCUGAGGUGAGACAACAAGGGGCUGAGGUGGGAGGAACGUAG